AUGUGGCUGCUCAAUGUCAAUACGCGACAACUUGAGAGCUUCGUGGACGAGUCACAGGUCCCUUACGCCAUCGCAUCGCACACAUGGGACGAUGCAGAGCUCUCAUUCCAAGACAUUCAGGCUCCAAACGCGGAAGAUCUGCCAGGAUACGCCAAAGUGGAUGGCUUCUGCGCUCGUGCUCGGGAAGAUGGUAUCGAGCAUAUCUGGAUCGACACGUGCUGUAUCAACAAGGAAAGCUCGGCAGAACUUUCUGAGGCCAUCAACUCGAUGUAUAGGUGGUACUAUCAGGCUGACUUAUGUUAUGUCCAUCUCGCCGAUGCAUCUGCGUCUGAGAUUCGGCAGGUCUGUCGCCAGUCCGGAGAGUGCAGUGCAUGCUUGGAGACCUAUAUUGGUACUCCCAUUGGUCACACACACACGGGUCCCGCCAGCUACGAGGGCGAGCUGCAGACUAUAAUACGGAACGCCUUGAAGCCGUGUCGUUGGUUCACCCGUGGCUGGACGCUCCAAGAGAUGAUAGCGCCUGUAUUGAUCAAGUUUUAUGACCACGAGUGGAACGGAAUCGGUAGCAAAGAGACACUCCUUGCAACGCUGUCCCAUAUCAGUGGUGUGGAUGCAGCCGUGCUUGGUGACCGAGACAAGCUACAGAAUGUGUCGGUCGCGCAAAGACUUUCAUGGGCCUCUCGGCGCAAGACACAGCGAGUGGAAGAUGAAGCGUACUCACUACUCGGUCUCCUGGAUAUCAACAUGCCCAUGUUGUACGGGGAAGGAAACAGAGCUUUCCAACGCUUCCAGCAGGAAUUCAUGAAGUCCUCCGUCGAUCAAUCAAUCUUCGCUUGGGAUCCGUGGCUGAUGCCUACUCACAAACAGUUACUACUGUCGCCCAGUCCCUACGGCUUUCGUAACUCAGGUCACAUCACACUCUAUCCGGACCGCAUAGCCGACACACCUUUCGACAUGUCAAACAUGGGAUUACGCAUUCAAUUACCGUGCUACACUGUGGGUCAGCAUGCGAUCGUAGCACUGAACUGCCGAGCGACCCGAGACUCCCAGAAGCCUGUGACCCUUCGUCUUCUACUGGUAGGUGGGCGUUCUCCCGUUACUGAUCACACAAAUGGGCAGAUCACAUAUGAGAUCAACAGGCAGUUGUCGUUCAACCACGAAUCGUCGUGCAACAAGACUGUUGACUGGCCAAAGCAGCCCCUUGUUCAGCUCAUGAUCGUGUCCGAAGUUUUCACCUUGAAGGAUAUCGUCGAAACUAAAAAAUACGAAAGCACGAUAAGGUGGAUCACGACAUUCAAUUCUGAUGUUCCACGAGGAUACUACUAUCGUAGCCACAGCCACCUUGACGGCGGUCUAGACUGGUUCUUCCGGGACGAGGCUUACUCCAGCUGGUCGCUUGGCAUCGCGCCCUUCUUGUGGGUACAUGGCCAGCAUGGCACUGGCAAGAGUAUGCUUGCCUCUUACGUGUAUCGACGCCUCUUUGAGGUACUCUCUCGUGAGCCAGACGCCCGACACAUGGUUGCAGCGGCAGCCUUCUGUGGCUUUGGUCAAUUUCCGCCGGAGACAGCACGAGAUGUACUUGAGUGCCUUCUCAGAGAAACGAUCCAGUCUAGAGGCAACGUCAGCGCUCGCAUGGAAGAUCUCAAGCUCGAGCACACGAAGGACAAGAUAUCCACCAGGCCAAGCAUGUCGGAGAUUGUCAAAGUGCUAAAGGAAGAACUUCUGGACUUUUCAGAGAGUUUCAUAAUUGUGGACCGUAUCGACAAGCUUCGCCCCGAAGCAGAGAUCAGGACGCUGUUAGAGGCGCUGAAGACAUUCAAGGGCAAGACGAAGGUCAUGAUCACCUCACGAACCAGAUCUGACUUUCAGGCCUAUCUCAAUGACGCCCGCCCCGAUAGUCGAUCUCAUAGUCCGUUUCCAGCAGGCAGCACAGAUAUCGAUAUCACGGAACAGUCUCGGCUGCUAGGCGGACAAAGUUCAGCGCGCAAUGGCUAUUUUCCACGCAGCACAUGCACCGAGGCAGCGGAGUCCUCGGAGCAGCAUGUAGAUUCGAACGGCGAUACGUACAAUCAGCACAUUUGUAAGAGACUCACAAUGACCAAAGACGACAGCCAAAAUCUAAAGCUGCUGCUUGGAGGUCUUCAAGACAAGAUAUCUGACAUGUUAAUGAUCGAACUCACAGACAUCACGCCGGAGCGACCUUUGGAGGAUUAUGGAUUGGACUCGCUCGUAAUCGUGGACUUCCGCGAAUGGAUUCGAGAAGAGACACAGGUGUCGCUAAAGACACAGGUGUCGCUAAAGACACAGGUGUCGCUAACUUUGCCUGAUAUCCUGGGACGUUCCAAUCUAAGUGCUUUGGCGCAGGAGAUUCUGCACCGGAGGAAGCAGGAAAGACCGCUUGCAAAUUUAGCUUGA